AUGGACUCCGGCAGUCCAACCGGGAGCCCCCCACCGAUUCCUUCCCCGCUACCCAUCGACCCGAACGAUAACCGGCCACCUGGAGGCACGCGCAGGUCGAAUGGGACAAAGACCCCUCGCAAGGUCCAGUGGACGGACGAACGCGACGCGGCCGACCCGAACCUGUCGCCGCGCGCGCUGGACGAGCAUGGGCUUGACCCAUCGGCCUUCCAAGAGCUCGCAAGCGCGCUUGAGCGGCAUCGGUCGGAAUCGCCUGCGAGCCUCGCACGGCUGGAACGGCUCGACACCACACUCACGCGUGAGUCGACCUCGACGGAUGAGACGACGCCGGAUCAGUACACACCCCCGUCGCACCGGGUCCCGGGCGAGCAGUUCAUCGAUCCGAGCGAAACAGCAGGACUGCCCGGCGCAGGGACGGAGCGACACUCUGUACAGCAAGCACAGCAAGUCAUCAAUGCCCAUCGUCGUGGGAUGUUCGGUGCCGUGCAUAUCCCCCGCGUACCGCACUUCGGACGGCGAUCAGAGGACGUCGACGCGCGGGGGCGCAAAAGCUCAGUCGAAGGCAAUGAGCAUCGGUGGAGCUUCUUCCGUCCCGAGGGUUCGUCAGAGUCGGACGUCGAGAAGAGCGCGGAGAGUUCGCACAUGUCCACUAUGCCCCGCGGUGGUGGUGUGCUCUCGGCCCUCCUUGCGCUAUACGACAAUGCGGACGCGGCGUCCCAGACGGUCGGCAGCGUCUCCACGCGCUCGUCCUUUGACGAGUCUCGCUCGCCGUCAAGGGCAAUGUCGCGCGAGCGCGGGACGACACCACGCUGGGCAGGGUCGGCGAACAGCUCGUCCGUAUCGGUCAACAUGCCAACGCUCCGCGUCCCGAAGCCGUGGUCGGACUCUCGCCCAGUGCAGGCUAGGAAUGCGGGUGGGGUCUUCGGUGCGCUCAUUGCCAGCACAGGCAAUGUGUCGGGCGUCGCUGCCCCGCAGAGCAGCACGCUCCAGCCAAGCGUUAAGCGGCCAGGGUACCACCUCUCUAGGUACUCUUACGAGAGCAACGUGCCGAAGGUGAAGUCAGAGAUGUCGGGGCAGGAGCUCUCGCGUCCUCGUAGCAUGCAUUUCGAGACGAUGACGCACGGCAUGGGAGACACGCCGCCGGACCAUGCCUCGCACCUCCGGACCACGUCCCUUCCGCUCAACCCAUGGGAGGAGGAAUCGCCGGCGUCCACGAAGGGCAGGACCAAGUGGACCGGUGUGCUAAAAGACCUACCGAAGCACGGAUGGAGCAGGGCGAACACUCCCAGUACGCCUGGCACGCCGACCAGCGAGGAUGCAGACUACAUGGACAAGGAAAAGAUAAAGAUGCGCGAACGAGAGAAAGAGGCUGAGCGAGUGAAACGCGAGAGACGGAAACGAAAGAAGGCAGAGAUUUACAUCACACGGCAUGUGGCGGAGAUCGUGCAGCGGCAGGAAUUUAUUCUGAAGCUCGCAAGGGCCAUGAUGAUGUUCGGCGGGCCAACGCAUAGGCUGCAGGCGCAGAUCCAAGCGACCGGCAAGGUCCUCGACAUCCAGCUUAGUUGCAUGUACCUGCCGGACGUGAUGCUUAUCUCGUUCGACGAUGCUACAACGAGCACGAGCAACAUCAAGUUCAUCCGCCAAGCCAGUGCGCUCGAUAUCGGCAAGCUUCAGGAUGCGUAUGCGCUUUACUGGAAGGUCAUCCACGACGACAUCUCCGUCAAGGACGCGUCGAUCGCCCUCGAUGACCUCAUGCGCAAGCCGCAGCUGUACAAGUUCUGGCAGCUCAUCCUCAUCGGUGGUUUCUGCUCCGCUUCUAUCUGCAGUGUCUCUUUCAAUGGCUCCUUCGUCGACUCUCUCAUCUCCUUCCCGCUCGGCUGCCUCCUCAUCGUCAUCCAAGUCUUCGCCGCUCGUAAUGAGUUGUAUUCAAACGUCUUCGAGAUCAUGGUCUGCUUGCUCUUCAGUUUUAUCGCUGCCGCAUUAGCGGACACUCACGGUCACCAUGUCUGUUAUACGGCAGUCGGUUCGGCUUCCAUCGUGCUCAUCCUUCCCGGCUUCAUCAUUUUGUGUGGUAGUCUGGAGCUGGCGUCACGCAACAUCGUUUCCGGAGCUGUGCGAGUCUGUUUCUCUAUCAUCUACUCGCUGUUCCUAGGAUUCGGUCUAUCGAUUGGCGCGACGGUCUACUCGAAGCUGACACACCACACGCUCGCGGGGACUGAUGACCUGUCCUGUCAAAGCAGCCAUGAUCCUUCGGGGCCUUGGUGGCAGCGGACACCGUCCGUCUGGUGGGCGUUCUUGACUGUGCCUGCCUACUCGUUCUUUUUGAGCUUGCGGAACCAUGCGCCCUUGUACCGGAAGGAAACCUACCUCCUUGUGGUUGUCUCCUGCAUUGGUUGGGUGUGCAAUCACUUCACCGGCCUAAAGUUCCCGAAUCAGAACGACAUCCCGGCCGCUGUCGGUGGUGCUGCCGUCGGCUUCGUCGCCAACAUGUACGGCCGGUUCUUCAACGGUAACGCGUUUGUCGUCAUGAUCACGGGUAUCCUGUUCCAACUACCGUCUGGUUUGGCCAACGGUGGCCUGUUCACCUUCGUCACGGCGGAGACUGAUGGAUCCUCGUCAAGCGAGUCGUAUCUUUCGGGAUUCUACACUGCUCUGCAACUCGUCUCGGUUUCCAUCGGCCUCACCGUCGGUCUCGGUGUCUCCCUCAUCCUCGUCCACCCCGUCAAAUCUCGUCGCAGAGCAGGCGGAAUAUUCAGUCUAUGA